AUGGAGCAAUUCUUGGUCUGCCAGAAAAAAUUUUGACAAAAAGAUCCUAAUCUGCCAUUACCACUGAGUUUUGGUGUUUCCAAAUUUCUUGGGCAAGCCAAAUGCAAUAAAAAAAAUUGUUCUUUUGCGAUGAUGCAUUUGGCUUGCCAAAAAAAUUUGGAAACACCAAAACUCAGUGGUAAUGGCAGAUUAGGAUCUUUUGUCAAAAUUUUUUCUGGCAGACCAAGAAUGGCUCCUUAG